AUGCCACCGAUCCUUCUAUCGCUGACACAUUUUUGCGAUAAGCAUGGACCUCGGGUUGUUCUUGUGACGCAAUGCUACCUCGCGGAGCCUAAUACUUCCGAAAACGAUUUGCUUCUGCCGGAUUACCCAACUGACUCGUACUGUGAGUCGUGCUUGCUACACUUCCCAGAGGUAUCUGGUGUACCGGGGGACGCAAGACCUGUGCGAAAUAUGCGGUCCCGGAUCAAAGGACGGACGUUUGUCUCGACUCAGUACUCAUCUAUACGGUACCAAUUACUUAAUUCGAUUACGCGGAAGGCAUUCUCUGAGGAGACCAUGAUCUACGAUUGCUCACCGCUCGUAUUCUUUGACGACUCAAGAGGGUUGAAUCUUAUUAUAGGGUUUAAACUGUACGAUGAAAACGCCAGAGGGAACGAGAGGCGAUAUUGUUACAUCCUCACAAUUGACACAAAGGAUGUUUACAACGGGAUGAACAUCAUAUCGGAUAACUGGAAUUUCAUAAACUGUGGACUGAAGAAAAUGAUCGACGACAUACGGCAGUCCCACACACAGGUACUGAACGAGAGGAGACUCGACGCGAAGGAUAACGGCGGCAUCGACGGCUUGACGCAGUUUGCAGUUCCUUACCUACGAGCUAAUAAAUCAAAGGAAGCGAAAAACUUAGUUGAGUUGACCAACGAUCCGCUUAUUUUCUUUAACAUGCACAAAUGGAACUCUUAUAUGAUCUCCUCACUUAUAAUACGGCAACACUAA